AUGGCUAGAUUCAAGACCAUGAUUACGCUACAUCAGUACACGGAGGGGAUUAAGUGUAGAAUCUGUUCUACUACCUUGACAGGGAUGGCCCACCAGUGGUUCCGAGCUAUGGAACUGGAUUCUAUUCAUUCUUUUGAACAGCUAUAUGAUGCAUUCAUGCACCAAUUCACGAGGUCUAAGCGGGCCGCAAAGACUGCUAUGUCAUUGAUGGACUUAAAACAAGAACCUAUCGAGACUCCAAAGGAGUUUUCCGCGCAUUUCACCAAGGCAUCGUUGGUGGUUCCAAAGGCUAAAUCUCAGAUUAAGGGUUAUGCCUUUGUACGUGGUUUAAGACUUGGGGCUUUCUUCGAUAAUUUGCAAGUAAAACAACCGCGGGACUUUGACGACAUUCUAGCCCGACUUCCAAGGUAUAUACAGUUGGAGGAGGCCAGAGCUGCUCGAAAGAUAGAACAUAGCGGUAACAGGCCCAAGAAAGUGGAAAAUGGAGUCGAAUCUUCAGAUACUCGCUACCAAGGGAAGGCACCAUACAGGGGACUGCCGCCCUGA